CAGGUUCUCUAUGGAGAUCAGGAAGUGUUUCUACAAACCGAAAGUAAAGAGAGACAACAGGAAGCUGAGCUCAGAGCCACGCCCAGGAAUCCUGCAACCACGCAGAGGAGGACGAUGAGGCUCGGGUGUACGGGGCUGCGUGUUCUGGCAGUCUUCUUUACCGUAUUGAUGGUUUCGGCCAACACACUGGAAAUAGUCCUGAGCCCUGAGAAACCGAAAAUAGGUGGGAGUGUUACUUUUAAUGUCCCUGGAAUCACGGAAGGAAUCCGAUUCUUUGACUGGUACCGAGGAAAUGACACAUCUUCUGCCAACCAGAUUAUAAGGUUCAACAAUGGGGAUGGCUCGACGAGUAGGGGGCAGAAAAGCCAUUGCGACGGCCAGCGUCUUCCCCAACGCCUCCCUACAGAUUACAAACCUAACAAAGGCUCUUGAGGAUAAAUACAUGGUGGAGAUCCAGGGGGAUGCAACUCUAUAUCAAGGCACUGUGUCCCUGGUGGGUGAGUUGAUUCGAAUCCUGUCCAUUUUAAUGGUUUGACUGCAGGAGCGAUAGCUGGCAUUGUUAUAAGCAUUUUAGUAGUGCUUAUAGCUGCAAGUAUUGGUGCCGCGUAUGCAUUUAAAUCUAAGGAAUCAGGUAAGUUUUA